UCCAAAAUAAGCGCUGAUCCCUCAGCUAAACUAAACGGAAUGAGGCUCUAAAUCUAGACGAGAUGGAGAUUAUUUGGAUCUGGACGCCGUCGAGUCUCCAAGACAUAUGGCAGAAAUUUCAAGAGGGACUAAGGAGGUCAUAAGUACUGCCGAGAAGAACAUUUGUGGGAUAAUGUGCUAGCCAGCCGGGUGGCUAACCAGCUCGACAAGCAGCAGGAAAUUAGCGUUGUAAAUAAGAAAAUAACCAGGCUCUUUUAUUUAAAGUAAAGAUUGAAUUGAUUCGUAAUAUAUAUGAAGAUCUGUAAAUAGUAGGUCCAUUAAGCGGGGAUGUUAAACCAACACAAGUCAAUUGACAUAGGAGGACCAGUGUCAAAAAGAUAAACAUCAACAAGUAUCUUCUAGUUAGAUCAACGUUAGUGGUUAUUUGUAUUCACGAGGCUGAAAAGCUGGUCCUCUAUUUUUUUUUAAUGGAGAGAAAAUGGAUCAGAAGAGAAGCAAGGAGGAGUAGUUUUGUCAUGGUGUUGGCAACUCUGAUCUUCUCGUGGUUUUUGAUUGGAGUUACUGGUCAAGACGGACAUGCUAUGACUGCAGAGGAAAAGUCUAAAAUCAGGGACCAGAUUUUGGAAAUGUUUGAUCAUGCCUAUAACAGUUACAUGAAAUAUGCCUACCCAGCGGAUGAGUUAAUGCCCCUCAGCUGUAGAGGGAGGGUGAGAGGACAGGAACCAAAUCGAGGAGAUAUUGAUGACUCUUUAGGAAAGUUCUCUUUAACAUUAAUAGACACUUUGGAUACCCUUGUGUUGCUUAACAAACUGGAUGAGUUUGAGGAAGCUGUAAAGAAGACGAUCAGUGAUGUAAGACUGGAUAAUGACAUCGUCGUCUCUGUUUUUGAAACCAAUAUCCGUGUGCUGGGUGGAUUGUUGGGCGCACACGUGAUGGCCGAUGUUCUAAAGCAGCGAGGAGAGAGGAUGCUGUGGUACAAAGAUGAACUGCUGCACAUGGCCAAAGACUUGGGCUACCGCCUCUUGCCUGCCUUUAACACCACCAGUGGCCUUCCUUACCCUCGGGUCAAUCUGCGCUACGGAGUCGUCAACCCGCUUUCCCGUACGGGCACUGAGUCGGACACCUGCACUGCCUGCGCAGGGACCAUGAUCCUGGAGUUUGGUGCUCUCAGCCGGCUAUCUGGGGAAAAGAUAUUUGAGGAUCACGCACGGAGAGCUCUCGACGUUCUAUGGGAGAAAAGGCAAAGAGGAAGUGACCUCGUCGGCACGGUGAUCAACAUCCACAAUGGAGACUGGGUUCGAAGGGACAGUGGUGUUGGUGCUGGUAUUGACUCUUAUUAUGAAUACUUGAUGAAAGCUUAUAUUCUUCUUGGGGACAAAGUAUAUCUCGAAAGAUUCAACACACACUACAGUGCCAUUAUGAAGUACAUCAGCCAACCUCCUCUGCUGCUCAACGUGCACAUGCACAACCCCACCGUGCACGUGCGCAGCUGGAUGGAUUCAUUACUCGCCUUCUUCCCCGGACUACAGGUUCUGAGAGGAGACUUAAAACCUGCCAUUGAGACACAUGAGAUGCUGUACCAAGUGACCAAACAGCACAAUUUCCUCCCUGAGGCCUUUACCACAGAGUUCAGAGUUCACUGGGGUCAGCACCCUUUGAGACCCGAGUUUGCUGAAAGCACAUACUUCCUUUAUAAAGCCACAGGUGAUCCAUACUACUUGAACGUGGGUCGGACUAUAGUGGAGAAGUUGAACACUCAUGCUCGAGUCCCUUGUGGCUUCGCUGCUGUGCAGGACGUGAGGACGGGUUCCCACGAGGACAGGAUGGAUUCCUUCUUCCUGGCCGAGAUGUUUAAGUACCUCUACCUUCUCUUCUCAGAGAAGAGUCAGCUGCCUAUAGACAUUGAUGAUUAUAUUUUUACUACUGAGGCUCACUUGCUCCCAGUGUCUCUGUCCACAACCCAGCCCCCCUGCCACAGCAACGACACGCAACCUCAAGCAUCUCUUGAAAACGAUUUGUUUUCAUACUCCUGUCCCAGCGCUCAGACCCUCUUCCCCAACAACCCCACUUUUGCCAAGACUAUCAGAGACGGCUACAAAUACCUUACGGGUGUGGGCAGAGCCCGGCACAUAUCACCAGUCAGGGAGAUCGAGCUGCCUCUUCAUGACACAGGCCUGGAGCCAGUAGAGUUUCUGAAAAGCAUCGGUAUCUCUUUAGGUCCUCUCACUGACCUGGGCUCCUCCAUCCGAGGCUCAGCAACUCAGGACUCUCAGAAAGGGGUGUUUAAGUUUAAGCUGGUCGCGGAGGUGAGCCAAACCCCAGAGCAAGAGGAAGUGGUGCCAUUGAUUGUACAGCUCAUUUCCCCUCCGUUUUUGGGUAGAACGGUCCUUACAGCCGUGCCAGCGAAGUUUGGAAUGGACCUUACCAAACAAGAGCACGGGGUGAAAGGCAGUAUUGUGAUAAGUGUUCCAUACACAGCGUGCGGGACUAUUGAGAACGCUGUAGAGUUACAAGGACGCAUAGCGCUGGCAUUGAGAGGAGACUGCAUGUUUGCUGGCAAAGCUCGACGUCUCCAAGAAGCAGGAGCCAUCGGGGUCAUCUUCAUUGAUCACAGAGAGGGCACAAGCAUUGCAGAGACGCCACUCUUUCAGAUGGUCGGAGAUGGAGACUCUACGGAUGACAUCAGCGUUCCUCUUGUGUUCCUCUUUAACAAAGAGGGAGCUGCACUCACUACCGCUCUGCAGGAAAAUCACAAUGUAGAUGUUCUUCUGUUGUCCAAAGAGAAACAACUUGGCAAAGAGAAACCUGAGAAGCUUAACAUUAAGUUUCGUCUGGCGAAGGAGGGAGAGUUUGCUGAAGGGUAGGUGGAGAGCACUACAAUCCAGCUGGUGCUGGAGCAAAUUGAGGCGACUACAGAGACUCAAGGUGCAGAGGCUGCAUUCUCGACAGAAACUUGCACCUCCUCCCCACCGAAAGAUCCUGAAAACAGUCCCUGACAGCGAAAACAGCGUGUGACCUUGAUCUCCCUUACAGAACACAGAGCUGCUGCACCGUCACUGACUUCAGAUCAGAAAACGCAGGAAAAUUGUGCUUGGGAGAAUCCUCGAAUGUACAAUGUGAGCUUCGAAAGGGGAGCUCAGAAGCCAGUCGGUCAAACACUUUCCCAUGUGAAAAUCUUAAGAUACCUUGUGUAGUAUCUAGAUUGAGAGGGUUAGACAUGCAGAGUUGCCGUCUGUCUGAUAUUGUGCUUGUUGCAUAUGUUCUUCUCGGUUUAUCUGGAUCACUGUUGACUCAUACAGUAUGUUUGUCUUCAAAGGUAGAUCACAGGCUCUCAAUCCUUUCUCAUUCCGAAGUGUCUUGAAGUUCCUUUAAAGACAGUUUAUCCAGAAAUGAUGGAACCCUCAUAUCGUUCCAAACCUGUGUGACUUUCUUUGUAUCUCUUUUUAGGGUAAGUGUCUUAAAACGGAUCCAAUGACCAAACCCCUGAAAACCAGUGUUAUGGGCAGUUUAUAAAAGAUGAUGUUUAAUGACAGAGAAUGGACCGGUGUACCAUUUUUUUUUUACAUGCAGUUUAUAGACAGAGAUAUCAGGGACACCUAUGACUUGAAUAUGUGCGUGUGUGGGAGUUAUGUAAAGUGCGUUUGUCAUUGUUACAUGCUGUGUGCAUUUCAUCAUGUGCCAAUGCUAAAUCUGUGCAUUUAUGCGUGUGUGCAUUAUCAUAAAUGUAUGCAUUUUCCCUUUAAAUCCAGUAACUGAUUAGGGGAGAUUUUGAGACGUCUGCUUUGAACAUGUGCAGUAACAACCUCAGACAUUGCCAUGAAAGGGCCAGGACAGACAUCAAACCAUCAGGGUUUACAUGAUGACAUUGUUUGUGCAAUCAUAGACAUUUAAUGUGUAAAGUGUCUUAGCUGGGUGAUUGUAACUCCACAAGUCUCAUAUAUUUAGAUUUGUACCGCAAUUUGCAAAUCUGCCUUUCUCUUUCUUUCUUGUUUCUUUGUGUUUCAUAUAUAGUGUUGCUUUUGCAUGGGCAACUGUGUGGGCAAUAGUUAUAUCAGACCAAACAUUUCAUUUCAAGUCUUCAGUAGCUACUAGGUGUCAAAUGCAAUGUUAUUCAUGGUUGAUUGUCGUAAGGAUGUAAUCUUCUGUACCUCUUCUUGUUUCACAAAGGGCUGACCGAUUCACUUUAAAGUAGCUAAACAUUACAGAUCAGAUAGCGUUAUAUGCAUUUCUUAAGAUACACUUGAGAUCAUAAAGUUAUACGGCCUAUUUAUCAAAGACCAAAGUCAUAAAAUGUUUCAUCGCGGUGAUGGUAUGAGACUUUAAAUAUUAAAAAUGUCUUUUAAGGAGCCGCUUUUGUAAUGAUUGUUGAAAGAAUGAUCAGGACUUGCCAUUAAAAUAAAAUGUUCAGG